AUGUCGAAUCCGACCGAACUAGAGACCAAAACCAAAUCAGAUCCAGCCAUUAAUCACAUCCAGUUUUGGAAUCCCAAACCCAACACACUUCUCUCUCUACAGUUCUCUCUGCAACAAACUUGUAGAAGAGGCCGCGGGGUUCUCCUAUACCGGGCGUGGCACGAUGGUGGCCGAUACUGCCACCUCACCGACGCCGAUACUGCUGCUUCAGCUUCGAGCCCCUCCUUCUCCUCCACCGUCAAUCACACGCUCGACCUCCUCCACUCCGACGAUCUCGACGCCAGGAUGGAGGCGGCCAGGGAGAUUCGCCGCCACACCAAGACCUCGCAGCGCUACCGCCGCCAUUUCUCCGUCUCCAUCGCGCCGCUCGUCCAAAUGCUCUGCUGCCAAUCCGCCGAAGCAAACGUCGCCGCCCUUGCCGCGCUGCUUAAUCUCGCCGUCAAGGACAUUUUUGGUGAAUUUUUGAGUCCUGAAUUUUGGAUUACUGGAAUAUGCGGAUUUCAGAUGCUGAAGAGUACAAUCUGAUGAGAUUCUGGAGGCCGGAAGCAGCUUCUGUGGCCGAGGUUUCUUCUAAUUGUGAAACGAAGCUGCUGUUUCUGCAGUUCUCACAAGGUCCACGGCCAUGGCGGCUCCAAAAUGUGAGAAAGGACUGAGAGGUGUGAUAUAUAUAAUACUGGAAAUUAAGGGUCAAAUUGAUGUGAAGUAAUAGUAGAUUACUGACCAUUCACUUUAAUCUCACUGCUUCGUCAAAUUUAAGUGCCUAUAAGAUUGGUCCACCAUCUGCAUUUCUAAUAAUUAUGUUUUUCAAUUC